AUGAACUUGAAUUAUAGCCGUAGCAAAUGCCCUAGAUUUCUUUAUAGGUAUGAUGAAGAUGAUACGAAGUGGUGGUGGACUAUAUCAAACAACCAUAAAGAUAAUGCGACUAGUAGAAAUCAUGAUUCAGACAGCAUCUAUAUAUAUAAUUCGUUAUAUCAAUAUGAUCAUAUUAUUUUUAAUAUAACAUCAAACCUUACAUUAUCUGAUAUCAAUAAUUCUCUCAUAAACUAUCUCGUUAUUAAUUUUACAUCAUUAAACUUCCAAGGUAGCAACAUCCCUGCUUGGUCAAAACAAAACGUGAAUCCAAUACCUAGUGGCCACUUGGUUUUAAUUGAAUUUUCUAUAAGGCUUAAAAAUAUUUAUACUUCAAGACUGUUUAGUAUAGAUGCUCAUGAAACAGAAGCUUACGUUGAUGUUGAAAUUAAGGAAAUGUCACCACUUUUAAAUUCACCGCAUACUAUCAUAUUAAUGAAGCCGAAAGAUCACAUUAUAUAUUAUGAAGAAUAUCAAAGCAAUAUUAUUACAUUUAUCACAAAUAUUGGAGGCUUUUAUACAUUUACAACAACUGUAUAUAUUUUUUUAUUCGGAUCACCAAAACUUUCUCCUUGGGGUUAUUGUCAAACCUGUCCGUGUUGGUGGAAACUUCGUCGUAAUUACAAAAGACAUUUAGCAAGAAAGUAUAUUUACAAAGAUGGCAAAACUUUGUUCGUUAAUGGCCUGCAUGAAUCACUCGUUGGUUCUUCUAUUGAAGAUAGGAUAAAUGUGAUGGCAGAUCGGAUUGUUAUGCUAGAAGAUUUAUUAAUGAAUCAUUAUCUUAAUACGAGCUAUUUAGAAGUACUAAAAAAGACACGUGAGAGGUAUAUAUCCCUUUAUAAAGAUUAUUUAAUCAAUGAGAAUGGAGAUAUAGACAAUUUAGAUAAUGAAGACGAAGAAUAG